GGGGCCAGGAGAGUGCUGGAAUUGUGACAAGUGAUGGAGAGUCAUCCCAGGCAUUCAAAGUGCACAAGGGAAUGGGUCUUAUAAAUCAUGUCUUCAACGCAGACAGCCUGAAGAAGCUGUACGUUUCUAACCUCGGGAUUGGGCACACGAGGUACUCCACCUCGGGAAUUUCUGAGCUGCAGAACUGCCAGCCUUUUGUUGUAGAGACUCUUCAUGGGAAGAUCGCUGUGGCGCACAACGGGGAGCUCACAAACGCUGUACGGCUCAGGAGGAAGCUUAUGCGGCACGGUGUAGGACUGUCCACCAGUUCUGACAGUGAACUGAUCACCCAGCUGCUGGCUUUCACCCCUCCUCUAGAAAAUGACGAUACAGCCGACUGGGUGGCAAGAAUAAAAAAUUUAAUGAAUGAAACUCCAACUUCAUAUUCAUUGCUUAUUAUGCAUAAAGACAUAAUCUAUGCAGUACGUGAUCCGUAUGGGAAUCGCCCACUCUGCAUUGGUCGCCUUAUUCCAGUAGGGGACAUGAAUGGAAAAGGAAAAGAUAACAGUGAAACAGAAGGAUGGGUCGUCUCCUCUGAGUCUUGUAGCUUUUUGUCUAUCGGUGCAGAGUACUAUCGUGAAGUCCUUCCUGGAGAGAUUGUGAAAAUAUCCAGAUAUGAUGUUCAGACACUGGAUGUUGUACCAAGACCUGAAGGAGAUCCCUCAGCGUUCUGCAUCUUUGAAUAUGUUUAUUUUGCAAGACCAGACAGUAUUUUUGAAGGUCAGAUGGUGUAUUCGGUCAGGAGAAGAUGUGGGCAGCAGCUUGCCAUCGAAGCACCAGUGGAAGCAGACCUGGUCAGCACUGUUCCAGAGUCUGCAACCCCAGCGGCUCUUGGUUAUGCUCAAAAGUGUGGACUACCGUAUGUUGAAGUACUCUGUAAAAAUCGAUAUGUAGGAAGAACAUUUAUCCAGCCAAAUAUGAGGUUACGGCAGCUUGGUGUUGCAAAGAAGUUUGGUGUUCUGUCUGAUAAUUUUAAAGGCAAGCGAGUCGUUAUCAUUGAUGAUUCAAUUGUGAGGGGCAAUACCAUUUCACCCAUCAUAAAACUGCUGAGAGAAUCAGGAGCCAAAGAGGUGCACAUCCGUGUGGCUUCACCUCCCAUAAGAUUUCCUUGUUACAUGGGAAUAAACAUUCCAACUAAAGAAGAACUCAUUGCCAACAGACCCGAAUUUCAUGAUCUUGCAAACUAUAUAGGAGCAGACAGCGUUGUGUAUCUCUCUGUGGAAGGGCUGGUGUCGUCCGUGCAAGAAAGCAUCAAAGCCAGACAAGAGAACGAGAACAACUUUAAAAGCCAGAAAUCGCGCCUUGGGAAGAUCGGUCACUGCACGGCCUGUCUCACGGGGGAGUACCCCGUGGAGCUGGAGUGGUGAACGUUCCGUGGAUGGACCUCAGUUCAUCUGGUGUUGAAUGUACCUUUUUCAAAGAUGCCAAUAGCCUUCUUACAGUUAAAUAAUGCAGAAAGCUUAUUACAGCCAACUAAUUACUGUUACUAAAAUACAUCUUUACAGUAAAGACUUGCAGAAAGUCCUACGUGCUGAUGAAAAACAAUGUAAGCAGAUUAAAAUACAAAAUCGUAUCGUUUUGAUGCACAGUUGUGCCUUCUAUUUUCACAGAAAACAUUAUAAAAACCAAAGUGUUUUUUUUUAAUUCUGUAGCAGUCCCUGAGGUUUUUGGUUUGGACUUGCCCCAAAAGAUACCCCUGUUAGACUUGUUCACAAAUCACGAAUCGCAAAAUGCGGUGUAAUUUCAAAUUAUCAAAGUCUUAAUGCAAAAGUAUGUGAAGUUUGCUUUUCUCCUUAGGAAAAAUACCAGAUUCUGAAAAAUCAGAUUGCUUCCUCAGCAGUUCUUGCUUAGGCUUUUUAAGAAUAGAAGUACCUAACUUUUACAGAUAUAUAUAUAUAUAUAGCUACACAGUUUUUAUUAAUCAAGGCCUUUGUAACGGAUUGUAUGAACGUAAUGUCUAGCAUACAGUUUUAAAAAAUGAAGACUCAGGGAAAUGCUCAGCCAAAAGCUCUCUAGUUUUUUAACUUUAAAUUCUUUUUUUGGACGUCCAGUGGUGUUAGGUUAUCUGUGUGUGCUUUUAUCAGUUGCCAACAGGAUGUGGAAAGAGAAAAACAAUACUUGGCACUGCCAUUUUUUUUCUGUCUUAUAGUUUGUUUUCUCUAGGAUAAUUCCUGACAAUUUCUGAAUUCUGAGCUAACGCUCAGUGUGCUUUUCAUAUCCCAACACCUGAAGUAAACUGAAAAAUAAAGUCACUUUUCAUUUUUAACAGUAAAAACAAUAUAUCAACUUAAGAUUAUGAGUUAUUUUGGGCAUAGUCUUAUUUUGCUACAUUACUGCUGUUACAAUAAAUGUCAUGUUAAAAAAAAAGAGCUCUGAAGAACCACUAGAUAUUGAAUGCACUGUAGUUUUUAAUUGGUUGCAAUUACACCAUGUGUACUAAUAAACAUGAAGAUCAUCUGGACAACGAACCACUAGCUGAAAAUGGAAAGCACCUUUUGAAAACUAUUGCAAAUUUACGCACAAUUGUAAAAAUAUUUUGUAUGCCUCAGCUUUUUCACUGAAUACCAGCAACUUAAUUUUAGAUUUUCUAUUUAAUAUUGUGUAUUUUGGCCUUAUAAUUGUUUGUGAUACUGUUAAAAGAAAAAAAAGCAGCAAAGUUUAAGAGCUUCUUCUUUCCUCAUCAUCUUCCACAUACUUGCGAAUUACAGCACUGGUGAUGAAAUUCAAAAGUGAGCUUUCUUAAUGUGGGUUUUGUAGCAAUUGUGCCUGAUAGACAAUCACAGAACAGAAGUCCCAAUUCAAGAAAGCACAUAAAUACAUUUAAUGAAGUCAAGACUGCUCCUUGUGCAGUGGAAUCAGAACCUACUUGCAGUCAAGCCUAUGGGAGAAUCUAGACUUUCAUGAGCAUUGGGCUCUUACGGUGUGUUCUUCACCAAAGCCCUGAUCUGCAUAUUGGGAGAUGUCUGUGGAUCUGUUUUGUCCAAUUAGGAAGUUUAUUUGGUUUUUAACAGAACCAUAACAGUUCAUCUGGACAGUAAAUUAAGCAAAAAGAGAAGAGGGUCCAGAUUAACCAGGGAGGGGUGUGAGAAAACAGAAACACUGUCAGUAACGUUUUUGACCCUUCUUGUUUCCUACUCUCAAAAAAGGAAUCCUUUUUAAAAGAAGGAAUAAGUCGAGCUCUUAGGUUAUAGUUACGUGUGAGGAGUCCUUUCUACUUGAGAUAAAAACUUAGGUGCACAGUUUUAACAAGGUUGCAAGCAGAAGUCUAUCGAUUUAUCUGAAAUUGUCUAUAGAACAGACUGUAAGCGAAACCUGUGCAAAUACUCUUUUAACCUGCUUUCAACAGAACCGCUGUUUUUGAAGUCUGGUAAUAAUUGCCUAAAUAUGAUGUGAGCAUUAGGUGGCAUCAUUCUGAUUUCAAUAAAAUUGAGUUCCUCAUGCCUUUUUUCCUUCCAUGUUAUGCACAUGAAAUUACGCUGUCUGCUACCGUAAACCCUGUGAUUUUUAGACACACUACACGCCUCAGCUUUAAGUUAAAGGGGAGAUGAUACUUUUCAAGUGUCUCUUUAUUCUCCAACGGCUGGAUUAACGCUUCAGGUUACCAGGCCUUUUUUUUAAUCACAUACAGCGCACAUACACGUAUCAUGAGUAUGUAGAGGCAAAGAACUCUCUUUUUAGGUGUCACUAUUUGUGUAAUUUUAACGUUUUACUGUGAAACUGUUUCUGCUGUACUACCGAUUUGCAACCGUGCCAAAUGACCAUUUACAGGAUGCGAUGGGGCAGUAGAAAGCUCAUGUCUAACUUCUCCCACGCGCAGUAUUAAAAAUGGCUCAGAACCUG